AAAGAUCAACAGAAAUCGGCAAGCUCCUGAGUUCCUACCUAGAAAAGAAAACAGACCUGGAGGACCACUCCGUGCACCUGCUCUUCUCUGCAAAUCGCUGGGAACAAGUGCCAUUGAUUAAGGCAAAGUUGAACCAGGGUGUGACCCUUGUUUUGGAUAGAUACGCCUUUUCUGGGGUUGCCUUCACUAGCGCCAAGGAGAAUUUUUCCCUGGAUUGGUGCAAACAACCAGACGUGGGCCUUCCCAAGCCUGACCUGAUCCUGUUUCUGCAGUUACAAUUGCUGGACGCCGCUGCACGGGGAGAGUUCGGUCUCGAGCGCUAUGAGACUGGGACUUUCCAGGAGCAGGUUCUGCUGUGUUUCCAGCAGCUCAUGAAAGAUAAAAACCUGAACUGGAAGGUGGUUGAUGCUUCCAAAAGCAUUGAGGAUGUCCAUGAAGAAAUCCGGGUGCUCUCUGAGGACGCCAUCCGCAGUGCUGCACAGAGUCCACUGGAGGAGCUUUGGAAAUAAACUGCAGCUUCCACUGCAGAUACCGUUCUUGGGGCCUUAGGAGGCAGGGAGAAGACUCACACCACUGUUCAACAGGAGCUAGUACUUAGUAGAAGAGACCUACAAGCCUCCACUCACAACCUGAGAUUCUGGUGAUACAGACAAGUCGUGCAAUAUCUUCCUCUGCCCACUCCUUGAUGCUAAAGGUGUUAUGGUAUUUCCAUACUGAACUUUAGUGGCAACUCUGGGCAGUUUCCUUGAGUUCACUAAAAACAUCAAUUAGUUGGGAAUCACGUGUUUUACAGAAACUAAUAAAAAUGUACUUGAAAAUGGA